AUGGCCGCUAAAUCGGAUGGAGCAGCCGUGUCUUCGCAGAGUGAGAUCCCAGCCCGGAGCCUGCCUAGUCCCGAACCGCAGCAUCUACAAUAUCGACAUGUCGCGCGGCGUUACUCGCUCCUGGACUGCUGUUGGGUGUUUUGCGCUCUGCUGGUCUUUUUCUCGGACGGAGCGACAGACCUGUGGCUGGCUGCGGACUACUACCUGAGACAGAAGUACUGGUGGUUCGCACUGACACUGGUUUUCGUGGUGGUCCCAUCCGUGGUGGUGCAAGUUUUGAGUUUCAGGUGGUUCAUGUACGACUAUUCGGAUAUGAAUGGCGGCGGUAGCGGGACCGCGGCGAUAAGUUCGGCCGCGACGGCUGCAGCGACGUCCACCGGGGACGGCGAUUUCAGCACCAAGGCCAGUGGACAGCGGGGCGCUGGCAGCUCCGAUGGGGCUGGGGCAGCACCCAACGCGGGCAAGAGGAGCGGCAUUCACAGGUGCUGCAGAGCUUGCGUCUGGCUGUUUCAGAGCAUCAUUCACAUAUUGCAGCUGGGGCAGGCGUGGAGGUACCUGCACGCGCUGUACCUGGGGGCUCAGAGCCGCUGGAGGGGGGAGCACGAGCGGCAGCACUACUACUGGCGCAUGAUGUUCCAGAGCGCCGACAUCAGCAUGCUGCGUCUGCUGGAGACCUUCCUGAAGAGCGCCCCCCAGCUGGUGCUGCAGCUCAGCAUCAUGGUGCACAGCAACCAGGUCCUGCCCCUGCAGGGUCUCUCGGCCUCAGCCUCCCUGGUGUCUCUGGCCUGGAUGGUGGCGUCGUAUCAGAAGGCCUUGCGGGACUCCCGUGACGACAAGCUGCCCAUGUCCUACAAGGCGGUGCUGGUCCAGAUGCUGUGGCACCUGUUCACCAUCGGGGCGCGCGCCAUCGCCUUCGCGCUCUUCGCCUCGGUGUUCCAGCUGUACUUCGGCAUCUUCAUCGUCACGCACUGGUGCGUCAUGACCUUCUGGAUCAUCCAGGGGGAGACGGACUUCUGCAUGUCCAAGUGGGAGGAGAUCAUCUACAACAUGAUGGUGGGCGUGGUCUGCAUCUUCUGCUGGUUCAACGUGAAGGAGGGCGGGGCCCGCUGCCGCCUGCUGGCGUACUGCGUGCUGACGCUGGCGGAGAACGCCGCGCUGACCGCGCUGUGGUUCCUCCACCGCGACGCCCACACCUCGGACUUCUGGGCCCUGGUGGUGGUGUGCGUGGUGCUGUGCAGCUACGCCCUGGGCUCCUUCUUCAUGUUCGUGUACUACUGCCUGCUGCACCCCGACGCCUCCAUCGGCGCGGGCCAGUGGGGCCGCGCGGGGGCCGCCGGGGCGGCCGAGCCGGGCCUCUCCCCCGGGCCGCCGGCCGACGCCGUCACCAGCCCGCCCCGCACCCUGCAGAGGACUACGGGGCAGGAGCGGGACAGGGACUGGGACAGGGAGCUCGGGGAGAGGGACGGCGGCGUGGCGCCCGUGUUUCAGGUGCGGCCCUGCGCCCCGCCCGGCCCCGCGCCCCGCGCCGCGCGGACUGAGGGCCCGGUGAUCCGGAUAGACCUGCCGCGGAAACACUACCCGGCCUGGGACGCUCACUUCAUCGACCGCCGGCUGCGGAAGACCAUCCUGGCCCUGGAGGCCUCCUCCCCGGUCACCCCCCGGCUUCAGUACCGCACGGCGGGGUCCCCUACCGAGGUGCUGGAGUACGAGACCACUGUCUGACCCCACCUUCACCCCCUCACUGUCUGCCCCCGCCCCAGCACUUAUACACCCUCCUGCCUCAUCUCUCUCUCUCUCUCUCUCUCUCUCUGUCACUGUGUCCAGAUUCUGCCCACACUCUCAGAAAUAAGAGUACAGUGGAGAUACUAAUUUCCAAAAAUGUACCCUGAAAAGUACAGGACUGUGCUUUUGGGUUGAUAUAAGUACUUUUUUACAAACAAAGAAGGUACAAAUUAAUCAUUAAGCCAAUGGCAAGGGGUAUUUUAUGUAUCUAUAUGGUACCACCCCAGCGACAAACCUUUGUACCUUUUUCGGCACUUUUUGGACCUUUUCUUCUGAGAGUGAAUGGCAUCCCGCGGUUCUGCUUCUGGAAGCGUGUACGGAGUGGGAGAAUGGAGGCAUGGACAGAGGUGCGUGUAUUCAGGGUUCACCAACAGACUGGUAGGAGUGUAUGAUUGUCAUCACAUCAGUUAGUGGUGACAAUUCUCAUGGUGUUAAGUUAAAAAAAAAAAAAAAGAUAAAAGAAACAGUGCCUGGGAAUCAAGACAUGAUCCUGUGGUACCUAGCCAACUAGUAUUGCUCUCUGAAAUUGUUACUGUAGCCAUGGAGCUAUUUCCCUGUAAUAGUGCAGAUUUCAUGCAAAUGUUUUCUGUCAAUUGAGGUGUCCAAUUAGCAUUGAUAUAAGGGAGGAGCUGUGUGCUGAAUUGCUUCCCAAUGGUGCAAACUUUAUUACCUGUAAGACAUUUCUGUAACUACUUAUUUACUUUUAAAAAUGAUUUUUGUACUCAGUGGCCAUGUCUUUGAUAGGUAUCUUAUUAUGGUAUAAUAAUGACGUAUAUACAUGACUGGAGUGGCUGUUUUUUUAUUUAUUUUUUGUUGGUCACAUGCUUCAGACAUCACAUGGUGACUGAAGUAGGGUACAUGGUGAAGGGUUUCAGAGCAUUGACUUCACAACCCUGCACAUUUACAACCAGGGCAUAAACAUGGACUAAAAGACAUAAAUAUAACUUAAAUUUAAAAAAAUGUAAUCUAAGGCCUAGACCUAAACAAGGAGUUUAAUUAUGGUUUGUGUACAUGAGUUUAAAUAUUAAGUGUGCAGGUUAGAGGGACAUGGACCCGCAAAUAAAUGGGGUACAACUUUAAUGCAAGCUAAAUGUCACUGAAACAUUCUACGUUGUGUUAAUGACCUUUUUUGUGCAGUAUAUCUGACAUAAAAACAGCGAUAAGAAAUCUUCUCUGUCAGUGAAAAUGUUCUGGCAGAGAUCAUUGAACACAUGAACGGUGUCACUGUACUGGCUAUAGCUGGCGUUCUGUAUUCCUGUCUGUGAGGCUAUAGAGACAGGCUGUGAUGCUGAAUCCUUGUUAGGCGGGCUGAGUGAAGGCUUCUAGGUGGUAUGUGGGAUCCUGUCUUCUCUCUCUUGCAGCCCGAAGUGUUUCCUCUGACCCACUAAGCUUCACACUGCGUCGGUCUGUCACUGAGCAAGGCCAGGAAAACUGGAGUCGAGUCAGCUCCCUCUCUUUCUCCCUCUCUCUCUCCCUCUCUCUAUCUUUCUCCCUACCUCUCUCUCUCUAUCUCCCUCCCUUUCUCUCUUUCUCUCUAUUCUCAAAAGAAAUGUGUGGCAUAACCUGUGAUGGAUAAGCAUUUAUAAUCCAAGUCUCACAAAACCUUUCUUAUUUUUGUAUUAAUUCAGAAGGAAAUAUCUCUGAUUAUGGUGGCAAUGUAAUGCAAUUUGUUUUUCCUAAGGGAUACUGAGACGUAUUAAAAUUUGCUUAGAAUUAUUAUUAUUAUUAUUAUUAUUAAGCUUGAGCUAAAAAGAGGUCCAAUUGUUUUUAUUUUUCCAAACAUUUAUUUUACAAUACUUUGUUUCACCAUGAUGUGUUUAGCACAAUUACAUGUUCAGUUUGGUGAGACUUGGAGCUUAUGGAAAUUGGAUAUUCUGAUUGGUUGGGAGGAUUGCGCACAGUGUUCUGCAAUACAAAGAAAUGACUGUUGUUCUUCUUGAGAAUAAUUUUACAGUAUUUGGUUUACCAAUAUCCCACUGUUGUCUGUAUCCGUGUUGGUGCUAACAACAAACCUGGUCUAUACUUGAGUCAUCUGUUUUAUAUGAAGCACACUGGUUUAACCUGGUUUUUCAUCAGUUUGUGAUGGUUUAUAUCCUUUUUUAAUGGAUUAUUCUGGUGCAAUCAGCACUUCAGAGAACACAACACACAGUCAUGCUUUAACACCCUUCCUGUCUGACUGUUACUGUAUACUGCAAAAAAAAAAAAAAAAACACAAUAAAUGAAACACGGUAAUAGGUCUUCAAUGGGAGAAUAAACGUGUUAACAGUG